GCUCUCUAAUUCAUUAUUUUGGUUUUCCAUUCAGUCCGACGAAAAUCAUGAGCUUGAACUGCUUCAGCUCGCGCGCCGCUGUGGAGGCCGAGUCGGAGCUGGAGGAGGCGUCCAAGCUGGUGGAACGCGCGUUCAACCGUAUCCAGAAAUCUGACAGCAAACGCGAGCGUGUGCAGCAGGCUAUCAAGGACACGCGUGUCGGGAAGAAGCAGGAAAUGGAGUCACAUCUGCAGUGGCUCAUGCAGCAAAAGUCGCGACUGGAACGAGAGCUCAGCGUGGUGGAUAAGCAACUCGAGGAGAAGAGGAUGCGGCUAAAGGAGAGAACAGUCUAAAAGUUAGGCUACCGUUGAUUCGCCAUGAUCCAGUAUAACGUUUUGUAGAGAAAGUUUUUCAUUUCGUAAUUGGCCACGUGGCAACAAUUCUUCCGUGGCAAUUGCCAGAUGAAAAUGAUGAGGAAAUGGUUCACUAGAAUUUCGUGAAUGGCAAUGACAAAACGGUGUAAACCCGCGCAAUAAACAGUGGAAGCUAGCAAACUAAGUGUGCUGGUCUCGCGGGAGUAUCGCCAAGUCGAUGUGGCGGUCGUGUGUGAUGUGCGGAGGCUUCUGUAGUCAUAACGGCACUGACAACUGGACGCACGGACGAAGAACACUGCACUGUCGACUUAAAGCUUGGCGAAAUCUGCCUGGGACUUGGAGAUCUCGCUCAUAUCCGAAUCACGCGAGAAAAUCUCGCUGAAGUUGACCUUGCUCAUAGCAAUAGACGAGUUGCCGUACGACUCUGCGUAGCUGUAACUCGAGAUGGACGAGUUGCCAUAACUAAUGACAGACGUAUUGAAGUCACUUUCACUCUCGAGGACGGAGUUGCUGUACGCUGCGGAGAAUUCCGACAUAUCCUGACCCAUAACUGCAGUGGACGAUCGUCGACUUGAGCUGUGACUGUGGGCACUGCUGGCACGCGGGAGCUCGGAACUUCGAUCAUCAUGUCGUGCCACCUCCGAGUCAGAGACUGAAAUCGACGAAGAUGUCGAGAUGCGAGUGUCUCGAGGUACCGCUACAAGCUCCGGGAUGGGCGAGUUCGACACCCGCUCUUCGUCUACCUCGGGAAGAGGAGAUAAUGCCGACAUAUCGGACACUGCCCUCGCUGCUGUAGAGCCUGGGAAAUAGCCACUGGCAUCUGGAUCGUAAGAUUUCUCGAAAUGAGCCCUCUGUUCGAGAGUUUUCUUUCGUCGAACGACCACAAGAGCGACCAGGCCGCAGACACCGAGCGAUCCUAAGAUGAUACCAACUGUGGUCGAGGCGCCACCACCUCCUCCAGAAGAGGUGGAGAUUGUCUGGGCAGCAUCUGAAGAGCUCGUGGAGUCCGAGUUGGUCUUCGUUGUGGGUUUACUGUUGCCGGCACCGGAUAGAUCACUGGCCUGUACUGAUCCCAGGAUAUCACUUUCACCCGCAAUGCUGCCUUGCUCCGUAUAAGAGCCGUCUGAACCUGAUCCUGACGAACUAUUCGAACAACAAGAGCCCUGGAGACAGAAGCUGCCAAUAAGUCCAGCGUGGUCGGACGAGUAGCAGCCAUCGUAAUCGAUACGCGAAAUCUCCGACUUGAGGUGGCAGGCAUCAUCGCUCUGAGCGCGGAACAGCGUGAAGUCAUACUUGACAGAACAGGUGGACGACAGCAUGUCACCGCAAAACGUGGGGUCAUCUGAGGGGUCCUCCAUGUUGUUUGCAAACAGAAUUUGCAUGGCAGAAUAGCUCUUUAGCGCGUUGAAAUCGCCCAUUAGCACGAUCAGGUUGUCGCCAGCGUCACAGACUGCCUUGAUUUGCUCCAGGAUGAUAUUUGAGCCGUUCUCUUGAGCUUCGUCGUUACCUGGAGUCUCGUAGUGCGUGUUGAGCACACAGAUUGACGCCUUUGUCUUAAUGUGCUGGAAGCGACCCCAGACGCAAGUACGGUAGUAAGUCAUGCCCCACGCAGCCGACAUGGUGGCCGGGUCCGGGCCGAGCCAGAACAUGCCGUUUGUGAGCAGUGACCAAGUGUCGGAGCGGUAGUACAUGGCGUCCCAUUCGUUGGCGUUUCCGUUGAGGGAGCCCGUGCUCUCUCCGAUGACGGAGUAGGUUCCUGCUAAUUGUGCGUCCAAGUAGGUUUUCUGGGCGUCUGAAGUCUCCUGUGUCCCGACAAAAUCGGCUGCUACGGUCUUGAUGUUGUUGAUGACGUUGUCCUUGCGGAUCCCGUCCCAGUUGCUGCAUGUCGACCCCGCGUCGGUCGAGGCCAGCGAUGUGCGGAUAUUGAAUGACAUGAUAUGCACCUCGACGUCCUGGUUGCUGCUGCCACCGCCAGCGACUACUGCUAGCAGGUGGGCGGCGGCGAAGAGCACCGCCCGCAUCAUCCUGCCGUGAUUAACGCCUGCAAAUCUGGGUGUGCGCCAGUGUAAUGUAAGCUGCGAUCAGCUUUAUGCUUUUUUCACUCGCUUCCUGCGAGAAUUCUGGCACCGAAAAAAACGGGAGUGGGAAAUGCAAAUGACGGACAAUUCAACCAUCGCGAAUGGACGGGCUGGUCCGAUACAAAAAACUCUUGCAAGAGGGAGAGGUGGGAACAACAGCCGGCAACUUGUCAUCCGUUUUUAUUGAUUUGCCGUCGCUACAGUUGAUGAAGUCAGUCGAAGGUACGGUGCAGCAGUCAACGGUUUGCAGCUUAUAGAGGCUCUGUGAUACAUGGUAUCCAGUUUCAUUUGUAGGUUUUCACAAAUAUAAUUCAAACUACCAA